AUGGCAUCUGACACCGGUGAGGCGGCGUCCUCCACUCCUGACCUCAAGCUGCAGUUUGCUCCCUUCAGCAGCGCCCUGGAGGCCGGCUUCUGGCACCAGCUCACUCAGAAGAAACUCAAUGACUACAGAUUGGACGAAAGCCCCAAAUGUAUCAAAGGAUAUUACUACAAUGGUGACCCACUGAGCUUGCCCACUCGCCUAACGUUGGAGUUCAGUGCAUUUGAAGCGGAUGGACCGACGCCAGCCCGCUGCUGUCCAGCUACUGGAACGCUGUAUAACACCAACACACUGGAUGCCUUUAAGACCACCGAUAAGAAGGCUCUGCUGGAGAAAGAGGCCAAGGAGAUAUGGGAUUCUAUACAGUCUGGGGCUGCGUUGAAGGACCCCUCCAUCCUCUGCAAAUUCAUUCUGCUGACCUUUGCAGAUUUGAAGAAGUACCAUUUCUACUACUGGUUCUGCUUCCCUGCUCUCUGUUUCCCAGAAGGAAUAAAGAUCGUCAAACAGCCGUCUGCCCUAGAGAAAGUUUUCUCAGCAAAACAGAUCGCAGCCUUGCAGGAGGCCUACGAUGGCCUGUGUAUCAAAAGGGAGACCACUGCAGUGCCUUACUUCAUAAUGAAGUACACAGAGGACACUGUUCAGAUGGCUCCACUGGGGGACUGGGACACGUUCUUCACCGAUACUAAGAAGGUUACUGUGGGUGUCUAUGAUCCGUGUACUCUGUCUCAACAUCCGGGCUGGCCUCUGAGAAAUCUGCUGGUCCUCUUAGCUAACCGAUGGGGCUCUAAGCUGGACACGGUGGAGGUGCUGUGUUUCAGGGACAGAACUCUGCAGGGAAGCCGCUCCAUUCAACACAGCGUCAUCUUCCAGAUAAAACUACCUGAGCUUCCCCUCAACUCAGCAUGUCCUAAGAGUGUAGGUUGGGAGAAGAACCCUAAGGGUGCCAUGGGACCUAGGAUGGUCAACCUCAGCGAAUGCAUGGACCCUAAAAGACUUGCAGAGUCAUCAGUGGACCUGAACCUGAAGCUAAUGAGAUGGAGGCUGGUUCCCUCCCUGGACCUGGACAAGGUGGUCUCCACAAAGUGUCUCUUACUGGGAGCUGGGACGCUGGGCUGCAAUGUAGCCAGGACUCUCAUGGGAUGGGGAGUGAGACACAUCACGUUUGUGGACAAUGCGAAGAUCUCCUACUCCAAUCCAGUCCGGCAGCCACUCUAUGAGUUUGAAGACUGUCUCGGAGGAGGGAAGUCCAAAGCUAUGGCCGCUGUUGAUCGACUCACCAAAAUCUUUCCUGGUGUGAAUGCCGAGGGUUACAAUAUGAGCAUCCCCAUGCCCGGUCAUCCGGUCAAUUUCUCUGAGGCCACUCUUUCACAGGCCCAGAGGGAUGUCGAGCAGCUGGAGAAGCUCAUCUCAGAGCACGAUGUGGUCUUCUUACUAAUGGAUACGAGGGAGAGCCGCUGGCUGCCCACGGUGAUCGCUGGCAGCAAGAGGAAGCUUGUGAUGAACGCCGCUCUGGGCUUUGACACAUUUGUGGUGAUGCGCCACGGCCUGAAGAAACCCCCCGUCUGUCAGAGUGUUUCUGCAGGGGCAGACUCCUCCACUUCCUGUUCCUCUGCUUCCUCUUCGUCCUCCACACCGGCCGGCGCUGCGCCCUCGGUCCCAGGAUCCUCUCUGUUCUCCAACAUCCCAGGGCACAAGCUGGGCUGCUACUUCUGCAAUGAUGUUGUGGCACCAGGAGAUUCAACCAGGGAUCGGACUCUGGAUCAGCAGUGCACAGUGAGCAGACCAGGCCUGGCUAUGAUCGCUGGAGCCCUGGCUGUGGAGAUGAUGGUGUCGAUUCUGCAGCACACCGAAGGAGGCUAUGCAAUCGCCAGCAGCAGUGACGACAGAAUGAAUGAACCUCCCACCUCUCUGGGUCUGGUGCCACAUCAGAUCCGAGGCUUUCUUUCAAGGUUCGACAACGUCCUGCCUGCGAGCCUGGCCUUUGACAAAUGCACUGCCUGCUCACCCGUUGUCCUGGAAAGCUAUGAGAGGGAAGGUUUCAACUUCCUGUCCAAAGUUUUUAAUUCUUCCCACUCAUUCCUGGAAGACCUGACGGGGCUGACGCUGUUGCAUCAGGAGACGCAGGCUGCAGAGAUUUGGGAUAUGAGCGAUGAUGAGAGCAUCUGAAGGACUGGAAGAACAAACCCUGACGGACUUCACACUCCUCAAUCCUUGUGUUUCUGUCUGCUUUGGUUUUUUUUAAAUCUCAAAUUUAGAAAGGACAAGGGCUUUGUAGACGACAGAAGACACACUGAUCAAGUAAUAAAAACCAAGCACAUUACAAAACGUUCUUCAGAAAAGUAGCUGAAAAAAAAAGCUUUAAAAUUCCUGUAGACUGUUUCACAUCCAUUCUGUUGCCAAGGCAACAGCUUUGGUCCAAGUUUACUUCCUGUCAGCUACUAUAUUAACAAACAAUGCAACAGGAAAUACAAUUAUAAUACAUUUUAAAAUGGUAAUGUCAAGUUGGAAAAUGUCAAUUAGUCUUAAAUAUUCAGCAGUAAUAAUAAUAAGCAAAGAAAUAAUCAGAUUUCUUUUACUGCCAAAAUAUUUAGUGUCUGGUUUUCACUGUUACGUUAGAAACAAAAUCAGAGAUGCAACAAGUUAAUUUUCCACAGUUUGUAUGAAGCUGUUGUAUUCAAGGGAGAAUGUACCUGUCCCUAUCACUUCAUGAUGUGUAAUCAGUCACAUUCACUCAGUGUUUGGAGUCUGUCCAAUUCCCUGAGACAAAACACUCUGCAUUUAUAUUAAGGGCCUCACUGAAUGGUCACAGGUUCAAUCCCUCCCACAGUCUCUCCAUCAACACAUUUAAUGGGGUUGCUGAGUCCAUUGGCAAGACAUUGACUAACUACAUCUGCUCGCUCAUUCAGUUGGCUUCAGAUAAAUUAUGAAAUUACAAAAACACAGUUGACAACUCAGCAAACCCAUCCAUCUCCCUUUUCUGUUUACUGGAGACUGCGAUACAUACAGUACAGCUAAUACUUAAACCAGCUUUGUUCCUUUGAAAGCAGGAAACAUGCACACAGAUGUUACUGUGGCUUCUGAUAUGGAAACGAUUUAUUGUGACUGUUGACAACCUGGAACCUGCCCGGUUAGAUCUUAAGGAGAGCCUACGGACAAACUGAAAGUCUUUAUGGUUUGUUUGUUUGUGUUGACGCAUGCACGUGUUUGUCUGAGCAAUUCAUGUCACCUUUUCUUACUCUACCAUGUGCUAUUUGUCUGAACUGCUAACAUGUACAAUAUUUUCAGUGUAAUGAAAUGUAUAUUUCAAACAGCCGCUUGGAUAAUUAUGGAAGACAGUAAAUGCAACAUGAAAAAGAAAAGCUGAGAUUCAUUUCAGAAUUUGAGAUUGAAGUUAAAACGUUAAGUCAAAAUACAUCCUACCAAAAUAAAGGCCAGAAGUCAGACUUUUUCCUCAUAUUUUAUAAUCAAAAUUGAGAUUAAAUAGGCUUUUUGUUUUCAUAAUUCUGACUAUUCUCAGCUGUUUUUGUCACGCUUUUACUCUCCUGUAAGUAUUUAACCAAAAAACUGGAAUAAAAUGUCUCUUUAUUA